AUGGCAAACGUAUUUUCGCUCGAGGGCAAGGCCCUGAAACUCGACUCGGCUGCCGACAUGGACAAGCACAUCGCUGACCUCAAGGCCAACAACGACGUUGAGGAGGUUAUCUUUGUCGGAAACACUUUGGGUGUUGGAGCUUGUGAAGCCCUGGCCAAAGUCCUCGAGACCAAGAAGAAGCUCAAGAUUCCUGAUGCACUCACUCACUUGCUUACCUCUCUGCUCGCCCUUCCCGAACUCCACACCGUCAACCUCUCCGACAAUGCCUUUGGUCUCAAUACUGUCGCUCCUCUGCAGCCCUUCCUCUCCCAGCACGUGCCUCUGCAGCACCUGAUUUUGAACAACAACGGCCUUGGUCCUGCUGCCGGAACCCUCGUCGCUGAAGCCCUCACCAUCCUCGCCGACAAGAAAGACCAAGCUCGCAAAGAUGGAAAGACAAUCCCUGACCUCGAGACUGUCAUUUGCGGUCGCAACAGACUGGAGAAUGGCUCCAUGGACGCCUGGGUAAAAGCAUACUCGGCAAACAACAAGAUCAAGACCAUCCGCAUGGUCCAGAACGGUAUCCGUCAAGAAGGCAUUUCUGCCCUGCUGCAAAAUGGUUUGAGCAAGUGCAGUGCUAUCGAGGUCCUGGACUUGCAAGACAACACCUUCACCGCCAUGGGUGGUCGUGCUCUNGCCGAUGUCAUCGCAAACUGGUCCGUCAUCAAAGAGCUCGGUGUCGGCGACUGCCUGCUCAGCGCACGUGGUGCUGUCAUGCUCGCAGAAGCCCUCAAGGCCGGCAAGAACAAGACUCUCCAGACACUUCGCCUCCAGUACAACGAAAUUGACGCAAAGGGUGUUGAGNNGGCUCUGUGCAAGGUCGCCCAGACGAGCGACCUGCCUGCUCUUCAGCGUGUUGAACUGAACGGCAACAAGUUCUCCGAGGAGGACACCAACGUUGAGGCUCUCAAGACUCUGCUCGACGAGCGCAGAGAGGAGAACGCUCCGGACGCCGACGAAGACGACGAGACCUGGGGUGUCGACGAGCUUGAUGAUCUGGAAGAGGACAGUGACGAUGAAGAUGAAGACCAUGACGACGACGAAGACGCCGAGGAAGAACGCGUUCUCAAGCAGGCCGACCAAGCCGAAUCAGAAAACGUCGCCCAAGAGAAGGACAACUCGGUUGAUGAGCUCGCAGAUCUUAUGGGUAAGACGGAGCUCAAGUAA